AUCGUGUUCCGCUUAGCUGUGUUAGCCAAGCACCGGAAGAUUGCUAAAAAUUGCUAAAUGGUGCAGCUUUAAAAAUAGUUUGCGCUUAUUUUUUGAAUUUUUAAUGGAGCAUGGCUUCGUUGACUGUCACUGUCAUAUAGCAGCCCGUGAGUUUGAAGAGGAUCUGAGGGAUGUGAUCCAGAGGACCACAGAGGCUGGGGUAAAGACUCUGGUUGCAGUUACAGAAGAAGUCGGAGAGUUUGCCAGAGUUCUGCAGCUGCAGGAGCGUUAUCCAGAUGUUGUUGCUCCGUGUUUUGGUAUCCAUCCGCUGCAGGGCGACGGGGGCCCCGAGCAGCGCAGCGUGAAACCUCAGGACCUGGAUGCCGCCUUGCCACAGUUCUACAAACACAGAGAACGCCUCAUCGCUAUAGGAGAGAUUGGUUUAGACUUCACACCGUGGUGUGCUCCCACUCAGCAGGACCGAGAUGACCAGAUGAAUGUCUUCAUUAAACAGCUCAACAUCGCCAAGGAGCUGGACCUACCUGUAAACGUCCACUCACGAUCAGCUGCUAAGGUCACAAUAGCGACAAUGAGAGAACACGGUAUCAGUCGAGCUCUGCUUCAUAACUUUGCGGGGAAGCCAUCGGUAGCUCUGGAAGGUGUGAAGGCUGGAUACCUCUUCUCCUUUCCACCUGCUGUCUGCAGGAACCAAGAGAGAGACAAACUGAUCAAGCAGAUCCCACUGGAACACAUCUGUCUUGAAACUGACUCUCCUGCACUGGGGCUCAACAGGCAUGUGAGGAAUGAGCCCAGUAACAUUGUUGUGUCCUGCCGGUACAUCGCUAACGUCAAAGGUCUGUCGCCACAAACUGUUCAGCUCGUCACCGCACAAAAUGCAUACAGACUUUUCCCCAAGGCUAACAGGUGCUAACCAUAGACUUUAUAUAAAAAGGUGCUAACACUCACAUAUACACGUUUCUGAAGUGUAAGGUUUGGCCUGAUGGCGGCGCAUGAUGAAACUUAAAGUAGAGGAUUUAUGCUCUGUCGGGGUCGGCUUAUCAGGUUUAGCUCCACACUUUCAUUUCAUCACUUUACCAGGCUCUGCUGCUCAGCUGUGUUAUGGGCUUCAUACUAAUCUUAGCCUGCUAACAAACAUUUGUAUCACAUGAUGUUUCUAAUGAUAUCAUGUUAGCAUGCUAUAUUAGCAUUUAGAUCGAUGAACAGCUUGGGCUGACAGUUUUGUCAUUAGUUUUUGAGGUGUCGCACAUGUGGAACUUUUGACCUGUUAGUGGCUCCAAAAGAAACAUCAAGAACUAAAGACUCAUUAAGAUUCAUCUUGAUCAUCAGUGGUUGCCAAAUGUCAUUUUUUUAUUAUGACAGUAGUGGCUGAAAUCUUUCAAUCUGGAACAAAGUUAGACAUUAAGUCAAAUUUCACAGCAACAUACAUACUAGUUAAUUUUUAACUAAACAGGCGAUAGGUGGGAAAAAAAAUGCAAAUCUUCAAGGCAAAGAGCAAAACUUAUAAGACCUUGAACUCAACUGUGAUGACCAGCGAAUGAUAGAUGGAUGUUGUAUUAUGAUGUAUUCUGUUCUCUGUUUGUGGAAAUAAAAAACUGAAAGUUG